CGGGGACCCGCGCGGCCACCGCCUCCCGCGCGCACGCUCGGCCAUGGCGGAGGCCUCCUCUCUGGAGAGGCAGAGUCCUCGUGUGGCCUCCUGCCUUGUUCACAGCCUUUGUCCUCGGGAGCCCAGCUUGCAGACUACAGCAGUGGUGUCCAUGGGCUCUGCCGACCAUCAGUUUCACCUCACUGAGCUCCUGACACAGAACUACAGCCUCCAAGAAGGCUGUGCCGAGGCCCUGCAGGGUCCUGACAGGCCGGAGGAGGAGCUGGACAAGGACUUCAUCGACCAGAGCAGUGACAUGCCCCUGGAUGAGCUGCUCGCACUGUACGGGUACGAGUCGUCAGAGCCCAUCUCUGAGCAGGAGAGCGAGGGCGGUGACACGGCUCCACCCCUCCCAGACAUGACCUUGGACAAGGAGCAGAUAGCCAAGGACUUGCUUUCUGGGGAAGAAGAAGAAGAAACGCAGUCCUCCGCUGACGACCUCACCCCAUCUGUCACCUCCCAUGAGGCCUCGGACCUCUUUCAUAACCAGAGUGGGUCCCGGUUCUUGUCUGGUGACAACGGCCCAGGCUCCUCAGCCUCCUCCGACACCGAAGAGGACGCCCUUCCCGCCAACAAGUGCAAGAAGGAGAUCAUGGUAGGGCCUCAAUUCCAAGCUGACCUCAACAUCCUGCACUUGAACCGACAUUGUGACAAGAUCUAUGAAAAUGAAGACCAGCUGCUGUGGAGCCCCACCGUGCUCCCAGAGCGGGAGGUGGAGGAGUUCCUGUACAGGGCAGUGAAGCGGAGGUGGCAGGAGAUGGCUGGCCCCCAGAUCCCAGAGGGGGAGGUGGUGAAGGACAGUGAGCAGGCGCUGUACGAGCUGGUGAAGUGUAAUUUCAAUGUGGAGGAGGCCCUGCGCAGGCUGAGGUUCAACGUGAAGGUGAUCCGAGAUGGGCUCUGUGCCUGGAGCGAGGAGGAGUGCAGGAACUUUGAACAUGGCUUCCGUGUUCACGGGAAGAACUUCCAUCUGAUUCAGGCCAACAAGGUACGCACGCGGUCAGUGGGCGAGUGUGUGGAGUAUUAUUACCUGUGGAAGAAGUCUGAGCGCUAUGACUACUUUGCCCAGCAGACGAGGCUGGGUCGGAGGAAGUUCGUCUCCUCCGGAACCACGGAUACUGAACAGGACCUGGAUGGUCUUGACCCUGAUGGCCAUGCCCGGCUGCAGUCUGAGACAGGGGUGCCCGUGGAGCCUCUGAGUGUGGACAUCGAAGCUGGUGGGCUUGAUCAGCCCGGAGUGGGCUCGGAUGACCUCCCGUCCUCAGAGCCAGCACCGAGUCCCUUCCAGCAGCUGGAUGAACCCCUUGCCGUGCCCUCGCUCCAGCAGCCCACUAGCCUGGCCACCUCGGCUGAACUCCCACCGACUGAACUCCCACCAGCGGCUGCUGCUCCAGAGCCGGCCACCAGCCCCAGGCUGGCUGUGGACCUUGCCCUCCCUGAGGAGCUGCCCCUUGUGUCCAGCCCUGUGGCUCUGAAUGGCGACACUGCAGAGCCCAUGGCUCCAGCACAGGUGGCCUUGUCGGUCACUGAAUUUGGACUCAUUGGCAUUGGGGAUGUGAAUCCCUUCCUAACUGGCCACCCAGCGUGCCCAGCCUCCACACUGCACGCAGAGCCCCUGUCACAGUGCAAUGUGAUGACCUGUUGACCCCUGGCCGUCUGUGGGGUGUGUGUGCUCAGCAUGGGCGUGGCGGCACUGCCAGGCCUGCAAGUCAGUCUUCCUGACCCCUUCCCGUGCAGGCCUGUGUGGGGCCUUCUCUGCGUCACAAAAUGAUGGGAUUCAGUGAAGUGGCCAGGGCCACACAGACCCCAGACCUCAGCACCCAGCACCACACUCCGCACCAUGGAGUCACGGAGCCAGCCACUGGCCCCUCAGCCGCAGAGGCUGGGCAGGCGGUGCUGCCUGGCUUUGGGCAGGACUCUUCCCGCACCAGCAGCCUCUGCCCAGGCACCCUCCACAGGCCAGCUCUUUGCCCACCACUGCGGGGUUGCCCCUCCAGCCUUGGCUCAGCGUGGGACUUUGGGGCACAGAGCCAUAUACCUCGCCCUGUGGCCGCCCUUCUCGGCCCUUUGCCGUCUCACUUCAGGAAAAGCCGCACUUUAUACCCCAACUGCCUCCUGCCUGCACUCCCCACCCUGUGCUGUGGUGGGGCCUCAGCCGCCCAGGCGAGUGAGGAGCAGAUUAUCUGCUCCCUUCCUGCCCCUUUCCUCGGGCCGCUCUGGGCACCGCUCUGGGAGCACCACCCUGCCUCCCACCUGUCCUGCGGGUCUCGUUUCUUUGGAGGCUCCUGGCAGGUGGCUGGGUCCAUCUUGUCCUCGGCCUCCCUCAUUUUAUUUAUGUUGGUGUUUACAAUUUGGAGUGGGGUCCCUGGGCAGGCAGCUCCGCCCGGUGUUGGCAGAGCGGUGCUGUUUGAGCCUGUGCGGCUGGACUCGACUGUCCCUCGCCCCACCGAGGACACUGUGAUGCGAGACUGCCUUUGCCCAAUGCUAUUUUAUUUAUUAAACUUGAUUUGAAGCCUGG